AAAGUCUAUUAUCUUAAAUUUACCAACUCUACACCAAACAAAAUCAAUUUGUUUAAAAUAAAAACAGAAUAUUCUCUCAUUCAAAUAAGCGUUGUUCUGAAUUAGCAUAAUAAAUUAAUUGAGUUUGGACUGGAGUGGCUUUUUGUGAAAGUGUAUUGCCAAGUUUGAAAUUAGUUCGUCAGUUGGCGCAGACCAAUUGAAUCUUGCAGACCUCAGAUCGAGUUCAAGUUUGAGCGAAACAAUCACAACUGCAGUCUGCGCCAAUUGUACGAGAAGCCAUUACCACCGUUCAAGGACUUUCAUUCCGUUCCCAAUAAGCCGUCGUAUGUACUUUCAAUUGUGCAAAUUCAACGAUGCAGCAUUCUUUCCGCAAGAGCAGACCGGCACUAUUCCAUUUUCCAAUUCACAUGCCGCGUGCGCUUUGAUUUUCUCUUUUGAUCGUCCGCUGCAACGAUAUCGUUUUAUUGCUCUGGAGUGUCAUGGCGUGUGUGCACCGUCGCCUUUAACAUUAUGAUAGCCAGCACGUUUUUCGCCAUUGCCACUACGCCAGAGUGGAUUUUUCGCUCCGGCAGCGCGCGGGGGCGAAGAGAAGCAAGUUUAUUUGACAGCUCUCGCCCUCUCGCCGUAAUGAGGACGUGAUUUCGAGUGCUUUCUUCCUCUGCUGCAGCUUGCCGUCGAUCCCGAGCAGCCAGCAACUCUGCUCGCGCCCCUCCAAGGGUAAAUCGGGUGGCAAGGGUCGCCGAUGCAAAGAUAGCGGCCGCCCUGCAGCAGCGGCGGCGGCCAUAUCCGCGCCGCCCCUUUGUUAUCCGCGGCAUCAUCAGGAAAAAUUCGAGCUGAGCAAGAGUCAACGAUUUAUGGAUCGUGACUACAUGCAGCAGAUGGAGCGCCGAUUAGUCGAGCAGCAUGAGGAGGCCAUCCAGAAGAGGAUCAAAAAGAGACAGGCUGAGGAGGCGCUUCGCGAGCGGCAGAUGAUCCAGGCCGGGCUGAUCGCCGACCCGCACAAAAUUCCUCCGCUUCCGAGGGACGUGCCGCGGCGGACGGCCCCUCAACGGACUUCAGAGGCCGGCAGUGCCAGGCACGCGAAGACGCAGCGGCCGCCUCCAAAACGGUUGCAGCAGCUGCACGCCGCCAAGCUGAAUAACGAGCAGCCCGUGGAAAACCAGAAGAAGAAAAACGAGCAGGCAGGACAGCUCAGUGAGCAGGAAAACCUGGACGAAGCGUGCCCAACGCAGGACGCGGCGCCUGCAGUUACGUCACGUCGGCCCCGACUGGCCAUCCUCCUUCAAGCGUGCAAAGCCGUGGUCGGCGUCGGUCACCUGCUGAAUGGCAGCAUGUCCAAGACAGACACGAUCGAAAUCGUCGAAAGCGGCGCCGCGGAGGGAGACGCUGACGACGACGAAGAAGCGGUGCAGAAAGCUGCUGCGGAGUUGAGCAAGCUGGAUGACAAGUACGAGUCACCGCUCAUCGCACGGCUUCGCAAAGUGGAGAAUGUCGAGGAGCUGUACCGCCUGGCCGAGGAGAUAGUCGCCCGGACCAAGAACUGACUUGCCUGCACACACAUAAGCACACACGCGCACACCCAACAGUAAAGUCGUCGUCGUCGUCGUUUGUCCUCAUCUUUUCGUCAGCAGUCUUACCUCAUCUCGGAUGUUGCACGUGUUGAACGCAGCGUUGCUUGUGCUCCUUGGAGCCACUCACUCGAGCCAACAGCUGCCGAAUAACAACCUGCAAAACAACGAGGCGCCCUUCCUCCUCUCAGACCUGCCCUUCCUCGACUCAAACAAUUUC